AUGAGGGGACGCUUCCUGUCGUCAGUAACUUUUGCCGAGGGUUUUGUGGCUUUUAAUGACCGUUUGUUCCUCUCGUUAAAACCACUUUUUUUUGUAGUGACAGCUUCUUCCUUCAUCCAUGCAUCUCUCCGUCGCAACCCCUCUCUAGGGGUUUCCUCCGCUCCAGUUCUCGGGCUGCCGUCGAUGGCGAAAAGAGGGAGAGUGGUGAAGUGCUCGGCGGAAGGAAACGGAAAAAACGGCAGCGGGUGGGAGAAGAAGGGGAUGAUGAGCGCUUCGCUGAUGGCGGCGGUGGCCGCAGCAGCUGCGUCGAGCCCAGCGGCGAUGGCUCCUCAACGGAUGCGAGUAGCUGAAGCGAUUUGUAGCGACCAUCAAGAGGCUGAAGCAGAGAAGAAAGAAGAAGCAGGGUUCGUGGCGGCGGGGGAGACGGUGGUGGCGGCAGCAGUAGUUGUGCUUCUCGCCGGAAGGGAAAGCCUUGAUCGUCGACAACCUCUUCGCCACGGAGAUAGUUCGCUGCACUCCCAAACGCGAUCUCCUCAGUCGCAGCAGAAGCGGGCCGUCACUGCUUUCCGCCACUGA